AUGUUAUAUCUCACAUCGACUCUCUUAUUUGGUACAGUCUUCACACCAACCCUGGGUAACGCGCAAAGGACUUGCGCAUCCUACAUAAACCCCGCAGAUAUAAUCGCAGCCGAAGCUCAAUUCCUAAUCGAUUCCGCCCUCCAAGCUUUCCCCGCGGCGAAUGUGGUGUCCGGACGCUCAUCUUCACCGAUAAAUGUAUAUUUCCAUGUCGUCUGCCAAAACGCCACAUUCGGCAAUGUCUCAGAUACUCAAAUAACAAAGCAGAUGAAGGUCCUGAACAACGCAUUCUCCGACACAGGCCUUUCCUAUGUCCUUGCUGGGACUACUCGCACCGUUAACUCGGAUUGGUUCAAUAAUACAGAUUCCGGUAAUUCUCAAGAUGCCGCAAUGAAAAAAGCUCUUCGGCGUGGCAGUAAAGCAGAUUUGAACAUCUAUACAGUCGGAUUCACGUCCAGUUCGACAGCUGGAUUACUAGGAUACUCGACCUUUCCUUGGAAAUAUACCUCUGCGCCUACAGACGACGGCGUCGUUGUAUUGUUCUCCUCCCUUCCAGGAGGCUCUAUUCAAAACUACAACCUGGGUCACACAGUGUUGCAUGAAGUCGGUCACUGGGCCGGUCUUUACCAUACGUUCGAAGGGGGAUGCUCGGGACCAGGCGACUACGUUUCUGAUACUCCCGCAGAAGCAUCCCCUGCUUCUGGAUGUCCAUCGGGGCGAGAUUCAUGUACGGGAAACAGCGGAGUAGAUCCAAUUCAUAACUACAUGGACUAUUCAUACGAUAGUUGCAUGACAGAGUUUACCACCGGUCAGGCGAUGAGGAUGAGAAUGCAGGUGCAGACGUAUCGAGGAAUUUCUACAUGAGAGGUUGCUCAUCAAACAAACCUUAUCGCGAUACCACGGCCCGAUGUAAGGCAUGAUACUUGAACCGAACAAUGACGGCAUACCUUUAGGCUCAGCCUGAGAUUCAAUUUAAUACGACAUCCGUCGACAAAACUUUGCUGCCACCGCCGUAAGGUAGUCGAAUCCU